AUGGAACCAGACCCUUUUAAGGCUCGCACGCUCGACGAGGUCCCUACUCACCUCUCCGCUUACGGACGAGACGCUUACCAACGCACCUGCCUCAGCAUGCUCAGCACCGGAAUCCACAAGUGGGGCUUCGUUAUCUACCGCUGUACAUACGAUGACGACGAACUCUGGAACCGCUACCUCGCGCAGCUUAAGAGCUUCUGCCAUUACCAACUCGUUGAGUACCAACGCGCUGAGCUACUUGAGCAGUACUUGGAUUGGGUCGUUAACGAGGACCGCGCCACCCUUAACAACGCCUCCCGGGUUGAAGUUAGGAAACACUUUAAUCAAUGGGUGUCUGAGCAGAACGUCCCCAUGUUCCCAACCAAGGCCUACCUGAACAUAUUUCCUAUCCAGAUGCCCCGUUUCCGAUACUGUCUUUAUGUCGACAAGCAGUGCCUCAACACUAUCAUCCAGUUCCAGGAAGCAAACGACAGCACAGCGUUGUUCUUAUCGGAACUGCCGCCAAUGGUUUUUGCUAUCGUUGAUCGAACCUGGACACCAAAUGGCACCCAGGACGAGUUCGACAUUCGUAAGGCUUUGAAAGAAAAGGAAGAGAAUGACAAAGAGCAUGGUGAUAACGAGCAGGAUGACGAGGAAGAGAGUGAGGAUGAGGAUGAGGAUGAAGACGAGGAGGACGACGAGGAGGACGACGAAGAGGACCAGUACGAUCGCGGCUAUCCCCCUAUUGACGGCAGCGAUCGCAGCUUCAUGGGAUAA